GCGGGUCGACAACUCCACAACGAUAGAGAAAUGUGGCACCGCUGCUAAUUUGAUUUUCAGUUUUGAGCAGCAGAAGACACAAGCCAUUGUUUGUUGAGUUGAUUGCUUGAAUUUUCCUGGCAAGGUUUUUGCUUUGUUUUUCUAUGCUAGCGUACAGUUUUUUAUCGUUUUGUCUCGUUUCCAUGAGUUUUCGAACUCUUAAGAUUCGUGUUGAUGCAGCCCCAAAUAGAAAGCUACCACAGGAUGAACGACAACUUGAAUUUUAACGUCAUUUCGAAUGCCCAGCAGACCUUCCAGACGUUAGGCUAUGGGUUGCCACAAGGAGGCUUACAACCCAAUUUCCAAUAUGUGUGCAAUUCGGGUUUUCAGUUUCAAAAUAAUGUUCAAGGAAUGGAUUUCUGUCUUCCAAAUCAACAACUUAUACCAGCAGCUGGCCAAACCUAUGCUUGCAUUAAUCAAAAUGGGAUGACAUAUUUGGCAAUCACGCCAAGUGUGCAACAACCAUCGACCCAGUGCUAUCAAGCAAUCGAGACGCCUCAGGGUCUGCAAUUGUUUCAAGUGAUCAACAACCCAGUAAACUUUGGUCAGUUAUGUGUUCAGAGUAUUCCACAACCUCAAGGUUUCCUUCCCCAGUUCACACCUUUUCCACAAGAAGCUGUUGGUUUGCAUUCAAGUCCCCCAGAAACUUCAGGUAACCAUACGUCUCCAUCAUCUGUGCACGAAUAUCAACAGAAUAAUCCCAUUCAAGAUUCAAACACAACAAACGAACAAAACCUUUACCAAGAUUAUGAAUGUGAACAAACAGAUGAAGACACACCUCAAGAACCAAGCAGUCUUGAAGAGUGCCAAGAUUCUGAGAUGAAUAAAAAUCUCACAAGGGGUGAAGAUCCAUUAAGUGCACUCACUUCCCUGACAUCAUCAAUUUCUUCACCAAUGACAAAUAUCCCAAAUUCAAAUAUGAUCGACAUGUAUAAAAAUAUUCAAAAUCCCAUGGUCCCUCAUAUUUCGAUGCCAUCUCUUGGCACUCAAAUGGGGGCACACGAAGCACCAACACUUUCGGAUCAACAGUUUCCUCCCAACACACGAACAUUUCAGGUUUUGGUCCCAACACCUCAAGGAAUGGCUAUUCAAACUGUGGUAGCCAGUUACCCCGAGAGCUUCUCACCAAUAGUUAAUGAGAUACCAGUUGUCAGAAACGCUCCCUUCUUGAAUUCGGAACCUGAUUUGACUACAAAUUCGGUAUCUCUACCUGCACCGAACCCUUCGAUAAAAUCUAUAGUUCCUGAUACCAGUCAAGCCAACCAAGAAACUGCUCCUAUCGUCCCUCCAAACCGAUUGGUAAACGAUACAGUCGUCGUUUCCGCCCCGGCAACUCCUGCACUUCAAGUAAAAUCAGUUACUAGUCCGUCUCACUGUACCAACGCAAACAACCAAGAGAUGUGUUCGGGAUCGGAAUCUACUGCAACCUCACCUGUGCCAAAAGCCACUCCAUCAGUCCCGGGACCUAUGCCAUCUCCACAUUAUUUACCGGACUCAACUGAAGAUCUUUGUCAAACUACGAUAAAACAGUUUACGUCUAAUGUAGUUGACGGUAUAGAUCUAGAAGAGAUUCGUGAAUUUGCACGUACCUUCAAAAUGCGUCGGCUAGUCCUCGGGUUGACGCAAACUCAGGUUGGUCAAGCUCUUUGUGCCACUGAAGGCCCAGCAUAUAGUCAAUCGGCAAUAUGCAGGUUUGAGAAGUUGGACAUCACUCCACGCAGUGCCUUAAAGAUUCGGCCGGUACUUGAAAAUUGGCUACGCGAAGCGGAAAAGAAACAUCAACAGGGAAAUCUGCAACAGCUCGCUGGAUUGGAUUACAUUAACAUUUCGUCCAUCGGCAAGAUCCGCAAACGACGGACUUUCUUUAGCCCAGAAGCGCUGGUGGUACUGAAUUGCCGAUUCGAACAAAGUUCUCAUCCAUCAGGACGGGAGAUAAGUAAUAUCGCUCAAGAGAUCGGUUACGAGCGUGACGUUGUCCGCGUUUGGUUUUGUAACAAACGGCAAUCGCUAAAGCAUUGCCAAUCGUUCCAACGGACUCGUGUUAAUCUCAAAUCAUCCGAUUUAAUUGGGUCAGACAGCCGCUCAACCUCACCGAUCCCGCAAUGAAAAAUUAUAGAGAUAGUCGUUUCAAUUUUACGUUAAAUUCUUUUUCAGAAGUUCCUCGUUAUUAUUUAAUUAAUUUUUUCUCCUCUUACCAGUGCCGUGAUGUCGUGUUAUUUGCAGCAGACAUUUGUCGUUGUUUGUUAAUUCUGUAGAAAGCCAUCCCGGUCAGAUUAUCUUUGGGGAUGUUUCAUCCCUGCCAUGUUCAAGUCGCACAAAGCAGAGCAGCCAAAUAAUUCUCAGUGAAUCCUUCCACUUGUGUUCAUUAGAUAAGCCGUAUUUUUUAAAUACAUAUUUCACUUGCCCCUCUUUUUUGAAAACCUUUUUCUCGUCCUACAGGUAACGAGGUCUUAAAAAAAAUCAAAUAAAGGGAACUGAAAUCGAAA